CCACAACCCUAGUGUUGUCAAAUUAAGAAAUAUUUUUGAACGCGAUUUCGUACCGCUAGAUAUUUUCUCGAUUUUAUGUUAGUUUAUUUUUACAAUAAUUAAGAAAGAGUGAUUCAAAAUGAGUGGACCCAAUGGUAUGUUGUAUGGUGGUGAUGAAAUAGGUGCUUUAGUGUUUGAUCCGGGACAUCAUUCAUUGCGUGUUGGUUACGCACAAGAAGAUACUCCUAAAGCCGAUAUCCCUGCCGUGAUCGGUGUUGGACCUGCUACUCACAUUCCUGAUGCAGAAGAGAAGGUUCCAGAUGGCAAUAUCACACAGAGCGCUGCAAAAACAGGCAAUGAACUCCGCCACUACAUUGAUGUAACAGAAAUUCAUGUUCCAAGGCCCGGGAUGGAAAUACAAACAUAUAUGAAAGAUGGGCAGGUCGAUAACUGGGAUUUAUUUGAGAAAAUGUUGGACUACUGUUAUUCUAAAGUGAUCCGUUCUCCAUCAGAACAUCAUCCAGCACUCUUCACUGAGGCGGUAUGGACAACAAGACCUGCAAGAGAGAAAUUAGCGGAGUUACUGUUUGAGAAGUAUCAGGCGCCCGCUUUCUUCCUUGUUAAGAAUGCUGUACUUGCUGCAUUUGCUAAUGGAAAGUCUACAGCUUUAGUGUUAGAUGCUGGAGCAAGUCAGACUUCUGCUGUACCAGUUAUUGACGGGUAUGCCAUAGUGUCUGCAGCGGUUCGGUCACCUCUGGGCGGAGACCACCUUGCAGCACAGGCCAAGAUAAUGCUCAACAACAUGCACAUACAGAUGCUACCUAUAUACAGCAUACAGAGCAAAGAAGUGAUAAGAGAACGGGAGAGAGCCAAGUAUACGUUGAAGAAUCUGCCCGCCGGCCUCACGCAGUCCUGGCAGCAGUAUAUGCUCAAACGUCAGUACGAAGACUUCUGUCAUUGUGUUGCACAAGUGUCAGAGAAUCCGUACGAGGAGCGCGUGGCGGCGGCGGUGCCCGGCGUGCACCACGAGUUCCCCGGCGGAUACCACCAGGACUUCGGUCCUGAGCGCUUCAAACUCACUGAGUGCCUCUUCGAGCAGACCAUGGGCGCUGCACAACUAGUAUGCAGUGCAGCGGGAGCAUGCGACGCGGACGCGCGGCCCGCGCUGUGGGGCGGUGUGGUGGCGUGCGGCGGACUGAGCGCGCUGGCGGGCUGGCCUGACCGCGUCGCCAGGGAGCUGGCAGCGCGCGCACCCUCCAGCCACCGCCUCAAGACGCACGCAGCACCAUCCCCACAGGAGAGACGAUUUGCUGCAUGGCUAGGUGGAUCAAUCCUGGCAUCGAUCGGUUCCUUCCAGCAGAUGUGGAUCUCUUCUCAGGAGUAUGAUGAGGGAGGCAAAGGUCAGCUGGAGAGGAAGUGUCCCUAGCACAUAGAGUGCCCUCAACGAUGAACUCAAAGUGUUUAGUAUCAUGGACUGUGUAUUUUUUACAUUUAACUGUAGAAAUCUACUUUAAAUUCUAUUUACCGUGGGUUUCCAAGAUCAAAAUUUCAGUAUAAAACAUCUUGUUAUCUCUGAUGACAAUAUGUUUAAUACAAAAAAUUUGAUGUCAGAAACCCACAGUUAACAAAACAGAUUACAAUAAAAAGUGUCACUGAAAUGGAGUUCUAUUUUAAGGUUUUGACUAUUUCUAUUGUUAAUAAUAUCGAUUUGGACAAUUUCUAAAUCUUAUUUGGGCUUUCUCGGAUGAAAUUUACCUUUUAACAACCGAAUAGGAUUUGAAAUAUUGGAAUUUUAUUGUAUUUUAUUCAAUAAUCUGAAUUUCACUUUUAAAAGUCCGAUUAUGUAGUAAAUUUAUAAAAUCUAUUUAGAAAACUUCAAACUGGAACUAUGAAUAAACUUAAUAGUGAAUCAUUUACUGUGGGUUUCUGAGACCAAAAGUCGUCGUUUAAAACAUGUUAUCUCUGUUUGGUGGUAGAUACAGGGAUAAUACGUUUUAUAUAGAUAUUUCGGUCUCCGAAACCAACCGUUAAAUUGAUAAAUUUAUACAAUGUUUAAAAUUUUCAUUGUCCCAAUGUAGAAAUCUUAAUUAUUGU